AAGCUUCUCCAAAUCAACUGAAAUUAAAUCCAUCACAUUCUCUCUCAUUCCAUUCAUCUAUCUCUAAGCGGUUUUUCUACCUAACUUUGUGUCUAAAGUUAAGCCUAAGCUGACUUGAAGCUUUGGUCCACUGUGAUCCUGUUCUCCAUGGCUGAUAGCGGAUCGAAUAAUUUAGGGUUUCAUCCAGAUAUUAAGCAGAUGCUAAAAGAAGCGCAACAUAGAUGGCUGAGACCUGCUGAAAUAUGUGAAAUCCUACGGGACUAUCAAAAGUUUCAUAUUUCCUCCGAGCCUCCGCAUAAGCCAGUCAGUGGUUCUGUUUUUCUUUUCGAUCGGAAGGUAUUAAGAUACUUUCGGAAGGAUGGACAUAAUUGGAGAAAGAAAAAGGAUGGGAAGACUAUAAAGGAAGCCCACGAGAAGCUGAAGGUUGGAAGCAUUGAUAUGUUACACUGCUACUAUGCACAUGGAGAGGACAAUGAAAAUUUUCAAAGGCGCAGCUACUGGAUGCUUGAACAGGAUCUCAUGCACAUCGUUUUUGUCCACUACCUGGAAGUUAAGGGUAAUAAGAUGAACAUGAGUUAUGCUAGAAAUAAUGAAUCCUCAGUGUCAAAUUCUGAAGAAGACAGCUCAUCAUCUUCCUUCCGUGGAAAUUAUGAUAAAAUUGUUUCAGCAAAUGCAACCUCAUCGAGUCCCAUCAGCACCCCGACAUCAGCAUAUGAAAGUGCGGAAUCUGAUGAUAUUCUCCAAGGGAGUUCCAGAUUAGAUUCAUUUCCAGAGUCACCAUUGGUAGAUGGCAGUCACAUCACUCCUUCAAGUUCUUAUGAUUCGUUUACAUGCCCAGGAAAUCAAAAUGUUGCUGCAAUGAAUUAUGCGUCACUUGGGCGUAGAUAUGAAAACUCUGAUGGAGGCAGUGCCAUAUGUGGGGCUCAAACAAAACUUGAAUUGGCAUCAUGGGAGGAUGUUUUUGGACACUGUACUGCAGAUGAGAUUGAUUACAAACAGGGAUCUGGGUGUUCACUACCAGUCCAUUCAAAUUGGCAGGUAGAUCCAUAUGAGAACUCGCAUUCAGAUAUUGGGAAUCUGAUGGAUCCACGUUUUGAGAAUGAUAUGGCUUCUGUUGGUACAGAAAACUACUCUUCCUUACUGAAAAAGCCCCUGAUAAGUGGGUUACAAAUGGAAGAAAGCUUGAAGAAAGUUGACAGCUUUUCCCGUUGGGUUGCCAAAGAACUUGGAGAAGCUGAUGAAUUGCAUAUGGAAUCGAGUAAUGUAAUUUCAUGGGGUAUUAUGGGGUCUGAGGAUUAUUCUAGUAUGCCAGCUCAAAUACAAGAGGAUUUGGAUGCACUUAGUCCUUCUCUCUCUCAAGACCAGCUAUUUAGCAUUAUUGAUUUUUCACCAAACUGGGCUUACACAAAAUUGGAGACUGAGCAGGUCCUGAUAGCUGGAGCUUUUCUCAAGAGUGAACAAGAAUUAGCAAAUUGCAGAUGGUCAGUUAUGUUUGGAGAAUUUGAGGUCCCUGCGGAGGUUUUAGAAGAUGGUCUUCUUUGUUGCCAUGCCCCACAACACAAGCCUGGACUUGUCCCUUUCUACAUAACAUGUUCCAACAGGUUGGCUUGUAGUGAAGUACGUGAAUUUGAAUAUAGAAUUGGACCUAAUCAAAAGAUUGGUGCUGAAGAUAUAUCUGAAGGUACUUCAGAGAUCCAAUUCCGUCAACGUUUUGAGAAGUUAAUGUCCCUGAGUCUUGUGUGCAACACUAACAUCUCGGAAAUUGACACGGAGAAACAAAAUCUGGUCAACAAAAUUUUUUCUUUGAUGGAGAGGGAGAACCACCAAGAGGAAAAAGCGACAUCAAAAAAUUACAUGUCACUGUCGGCAGAACAGGUCCUUGAAAAGCAGUUAAAGGAGAAGUUCUAUUCGUGGCUUCUCCAUGAAGUAACUGAAGAUGGAAAAGGGCCAAAUGUUGUUGAUGAAGGAGGUCAAGGCGCAUUACAUUUAGCAGCUGCUCUUGGUUAUAAUUGGGCCCUCCUGCCAAUUAUAGUUUCAGGAGUUAGUAUAGAUUUUCGUGAUGUGAAUGGAUGGACAGCACUUCAUUGGGCUGCAUUGUGUGGAAGGGAGGACACAGUUGCUUCCCUCAUCUCUCUGGGUGCAGCUUCUGGAGCACUAACGGAUCCAUGUGCUGAAUAUCCAUUGGGUAGAACUCCGGCAGAUCUGGCUUCUGCCGGUGGACACAAGGGAAUAUCUGGUUUUCUUGCAGAGACUUCCUUGACCACUCACCUUUCGUCUCUGACGGUGAAUGAUCCACAGGAUUAUGGUGCCUCUGAAGUUUCUGAAGUGAAAGCAAUAGAGACAGUUUCAGAGCGUACAGCAAUUCCAACAACUGAGCAGGAUGUGCCAGACGUACUUUCACUAAAGGAUUCACUUGCUGCUGUCUGUAAUGCUACUCAAGCAGCUGCUCGCAUUCACCAAAUCUUUCGGGUUCAGUCAUUCCAGAUGAAACAUUUCAAUGAACAGAGUUUUGAUGAGCUUGUGACCCCAGAAGAGCAUGCUAUUUCACUUGUAGCUGCUAAAACGAGCAGGUUAGGUCGGAAUGAUGGUAUAAACAAUGAUGCUGCCUUACACAUUCAGAAAAAGUUUCGUGGAUGGAAAAAGCGCCAAGAAUUUCUGUUAAUUCGACAGAAAAUAGUUAAAAUCCAGGCUCAUGUAAGGGGGCAUCAAGUUAGAAAAAAGUAUAAACCUAUUGUCUGGUCAGUUGGAAUUCUGGAAAAGGUGAUUUUGCGCUGGAGACGGAAAGGAACUGGUUUGCGUGGAUUCCAACGGGAUGGAAUUCUGAAAGGACCCAAUGCCCAAGGUGCACAGCAACAGGAAGACGAUUAUGACUUUCUGAAGGAAGGAAGAAAACAAACUGAAGAAAGGUCGCAAAAAGCACUUUCCAGGGUCAAGUCCAUGAUUCAGUAUCCAGAAGCUCGAGCUCAGUAUCGUAGAUUGCUGGCUGCUGCUGAAGGGUUUCGUGAAACUACGCAGGAUGCGAUUGAAACCAACCCGGAAGACACAAGUUACCCUGAGGAGGAGCUUAUUGAUUUUGAAACUUUGUUGGAUGAUGAUACUUUCAUGUCUUUAACAUUUCAAUGAGCAGAAUCCACGAACAUCUUUAGAUUUUUGCAUAGCUUUUGUCGUUGCAGAAAUAAGAGACUGAUUGAUAUUCAUUAAUAUUUUGUAAAUAUUCACAGGCAGCUCUGUUAUAGAAUGUGUAAACUGACAUUGUCACAUAUAUAUGUUUCUUAAGUAUGAAUAUUGAAUACCUUAUUAAGCAUU